UCUCUUCUCAUUAUUCUUACACAUUUCUGAGCUUAACUAAAAAAAUAAUAUUGUGUGUGAUAAAUUUUCAUUCUGUGUCUCGAAUAUGGAUCAUCCUCAAACACGUUCUGCAGGUGGUCUUGAGCAAGAUGAACCUGUUGUUGAGAAGAAACCAUCGUAUAUGAAUCGGGUAAAAGCUAAAGCAAGGAAGAUUAGAGAUAGUAUUGGUUCUAAGAUGCAAAAUCACGACCACGAGCUAGACGAAGAAGAUCACUUUGAUCAUGAUGCUCCUGAGAAUGAUCCAGAAAUUCAUGUGGCACCUAAACACGAAUCACCGGCGUUUAAGACUGGUAGCGACAACCUUAACACUGGAGCAACUCCAUCAAAUUUAGCCGAACAUGGAGAUGCAGAGACAACUCGGGAAUAUGGGGAAGCGGGAGUUCCUGGACCAAAGCGGUACUCCAGCGAACACGCAGAAUCUUGCCCAACCGGGUUGAGUUUUGGUGAAAAGACGAAUACAGACCAAACUAAGAGCAAUUUGGGAGUGCCGAGCAGUGUAGAAGAACCUAAGACUGAUCUGGAUGUGACGUCCACACCAUUGGAAGUUGAAAAGGCGGCAGUUAUACGGGAAAUAGAUUCUAGACCGACGUUGGAUUUCGACGAGCCGAGUGUAGAAGUACCAUUGGAGGCUGAAAAGACAGCCGUUGUAUCUGAAUUGAACUCAACUAUACACAGGGUGGAUUCUGAGAAGCCGUAUAAAUGGAACCUUGAGUCCAAUUUGGAAGUAAGUCCAGAAUUGGAGGCUGAAAAGGCAGCUGUCAUAACGGAAAUAAAUUCUUCCAUACCCAGGAUGGUUUCCGAGAAGCCAUAUACAUCAUCAAUGGAGGCCAAUUCGUCAGAAUCCACGCCGUUGGAGGUUGACAAGGAAAAUGUUGCACCAACAUGGAUGGAUUUCGAAAAGGAGAAUGCAGAACAAACUACUGAUCAAUUUGGAAUUGGUGCAUCCGAAAAUCACCAUUCAGAAGUCACUGGUCUUACAGAUGCAGGUGCCAAGGAAGCAGAUGUAGAACCGAUGACGCAGUCAUUUAGGGGAAUUGAUAUCACUGGAGAGCCAGAAUCUGCAUUCACUGGAACACAUCCAACUGCAACCAAUAAAUCAAUCGAUGUAGAGAAUACCGAAGACUUCUAUGAGGCUAAGUCAGAUGACAUGAAUGUGGACGAAGAACCUAUUUACACUGAGAAGAAGCCUUCUGCACCGGCUGCUAUUGCAAAUACUGCAGCAUCAACUAUGAUUGGUACAGCAAUUUCGGCAAAAGAUGCCGUCGCUUCCAAACUUGGGUACAACGGAAAUGACAGUAGUAACACUGUCACAAAGGAUGCAAAGGCGACGGAUACAGAUGGUUCAAGAAGCAUUGAUGAAGAGAAACUGUCGUCGACUGAAAACUUAGCUCCUGUAUAUGAGAAAUUUGGAGGAGCCGGAACUGGUGAUGUGGGCACUGAAAGGGAUACAAGUUCUGUGGCAGGUACAGGUACCGAAGAAGGAGUAGGCUUAGCUACAGAACACAAUACAGGCGGAACAGUGAAGGAUUAUCUCGUAGAAAAGUUAAGUCCUGCUGACGAAGGCAAACCCUUAUUAGAAGUGUUCUCAGAAGUUAUGCAUAAACCAAAAGAAGAGUUUCCAGAGAAAGUCGCUGAGAAUAUGGAUAAAGUAACUGAUUCAGCAGAAGUAACUAAAAGAUUAGGAACUGAUGAGCGUGGUUAUGAAAGAGAUGAAGAAGAGAGUUUUGGAACUGACGGAGGUAGUUUUGGUGGAGGACCUGGAGGUAUGGAGAGCCCUGCUGCGAGUAAGAUGGGGGAACAAGUUAAAGAACACGAUACGGGAGCACCAGGAGUUAUGAAAAUGGAUAACGUAACUGAAUCACCAGAGGUACCUGGAAGACUAGGGACUGAUGAGCGCGGUUAUGAAAGGGACGAUGAUGAUAGUUUUGGAACUGAUGCAAUAAGUACUGGUAGGGGAAUUGAGAGCCCUACAGCAGGUAUGGGAAUGGUUGAUCGAGCUAAGGGAUUGGUUAAUUAUUAUUGGUAUGGAACUGAAACUGAUGUUAAACCUGACGAAAACGAAGCUGUUGUUAAACUUGACGCAGAUGAGGUGCGGAAGGUUGCUGAUGCUGGUGCCGAAAGAAGGAAGAAUGAAAGCCAUGAAACAAGUACCACCGGGGUUGAGGGUCAAAACUGAAAAUCUUAGCUACUUGUUGUGCUGGAGAUAGUAGAGGAUCAUAUUGCCAAGUAUCCUAUGUUUUGAUUUUCUUUUUCUUUCUUUUUUUGUUCUGAAAUCUGCUCAGUGGUGAUUUUAAGUACAUGAUAAGGAAAGUGUAAGUUUAGGCGCAUCGUUUUUAUGUUGUGUGAUUGCUUCUUUGUACUUGUAGAAAUCUAUGUGAAUGAAAAUGCACUUUGUUUUUGCUUUUGACA